AUGAACCUGCGCCCGGGUACAUUUCCGUCGCUCCGCCUCACGAAUCCCUGCUCGGCCAGAUGUCUCGUCGAUCGAGCACGUGGACGCCGCUUCUCCCAGACUUCUUCGACUGCGAGUCACGGUAACGCUCCGACUCACUACGAAGUGCUGGGGAUCGGACAGCAUGCUACCCAAGCGGAACUGAAGAAGCAGUUCUACGACCUUUCCAAAGAAACACACCCAGACCUCAACCGCAGCAACCCUGAAGCCGGCAAACGUUUUGCGCAGAUCAGCGAAUCGUACAGCGUUCUCGCCGACCCAGAGAAGAGGAAGAGAUAUGAUAGGGAUGUGAUGCGGACGCACGCACACCGCCACCCCCACGGGUCGCAUUCGAGCCAUCAUCACAGAGCAACUCACGCAGGUCACCGCCCGCCGAGCGGGUUAAGUAGACGGCGGAGCGCUUUCAAAGGACCGCCACCGUCGUUUUAUGCUCAUGGAAAGCCCUCGGCCAACACAACAAACCAAGCACGAGCGAAUCAAGCCGGUACUUUUAAUGCUAGCGCAUACACGGAGGAGGGAAAAUGGGACCCGGACUUCGAUGCUCGCAGCACAUACAAAACCCAGACACUCGAAGAUUAUAGGCGGGCUAAUAGACGAGCGGCUGAGAUGGCGGCUGCGCAGGCAGAGGUCGAGGCGGACAAUUUCUGGGGCAGAUUUCUUACCGUAGCCAGUGUCAUCGUGCUUAGUGUUACAGUGGGCACUGUCGUGGUAGGUAUGGCCAACACUCCGCGAGGCGGACUCACGAGAGGAGAUGGCAGUCGGAGAGACGGCCCUCGGAACGAAUGGACAAAAGGAUAG